UGAAACAGCAAGCAACGAUGUCAAUGGGAAGAACCUUGCAAUAUAGACAUUACGAUUAGACAGUAGUAGGCGUUGAAGAUUAAUAAUAAAAUUUAACGGAAAUUCAUUUCUGCAUGAUAAUGACUUAGCCUUAUCAUUUACUUCGUUUUCAGUUCCCAAACUCAGACAAUGUAUUUUUCUGUGCUUGUGUUCAUCUUUUGCAUCCACCGAUGUUAUGGAAUAUUUCGUACCACCAAUGAAACAGAUCUCUCCUCCUGUAAAGUGUACUACUCAAGGUCUAGCACAACAUACAAAGACUUCUUCGAACUGCAAAAACCGAAACAGAAUGGAAGCAAUCUCAGAUUAGACUUCCAUUUUUCGGUACUUGCUGCCAGUGACGCACACAUUCUUAUAGCUACCACUAAAAGUCCACAGAAAACUGAUCCAGCCUAUGAAAUCGUGAUAGGUGCAGGUGGAAACACUUUCUGCGACAUAAGAAGAAUGCAGAAGAACCAGGUGAAGGAGUCUGUUAGGAUAAAGGGUUUACUCUCUGGAUUAGACCCCAGAUCGUUCUGGAUACACAUGACGAAGGAUGGGGUUCUUGAGGUCGGGAGAGAGGGAGAAGAAUUGUCUUUCAUGAAUUGGAAAGACCACGAUCCUUUACCGGUGACAACAAUAAGCUUCAGCACAUGGCCAGGAAUUGAAGCCAAGUGGUAUUUUGAUUGCAAAACUGACGAUAUCAAGAAAAUAAGGAGAAACUUAACUGAUGAGGAAAAGCUGAGGAGGGACUUGCUGAACCAAUAUGAUCCAAUGGUGAGGCCUAAGAUGAACGAAUCCAUGGCAACUUACGUGAAAAUGGCUCCAGAAAUAAACAGAAUAACUCUGGAUGAAUCGAAAUCUGUCUUACAUAGUAGUGGAAUGGCUCAUAUUAUGUGGAAGGACGAGAAAUUGUGUUGGAAUAAGAGUGCUUAUGGGGGAAUCACAGAAAUAAGAGUUAGUAGUGUGGAAAUAUGGAAGCCAACCUUGAUGGUAUAUAACCAUUUUGAAGAGGAGGAAUUCUUAUCCGAUCAAAGUUUGCUCAUCGUGAGAGAUAACGGUCUAGUUUCUUGGACACCCGCACUACACCUCAAAACAUGGUGUGCAUCCAGCAGUUCUCAACACAACGUUUGGCCGAAAGAUAGGAGAAAUUGCGAUAUCAUAUUCACGUUUUUGACGAAUAUGGAUGAUUUAUGGAUCAAAUACUGGAAUGUUUCCAACACCGACUAUCACAAUACCGAAUUUUCCGAUUGGAUUAUCGAAGAAGUGGAUAUUUACUCUACCCUAAGCCCCAAAAAAGAUAAAAAUUAUUUAUAUUUCACCGUGGAAUUGAAGAGAAAUUCAGAAGUCUAUAGUAAAAUUUUCCUGGUGACUUAUAUUGUUAUUAUCUCUUCUAUUUUAUGCAGUUUUUGCGUGUCUCCGUUUGGACCUUACAAAAUAUGUUUAGGAUGCUUUCAAAUGGUCGUUUCGAUGUUGUGUGUCAUUUAUCUAGCAAUUCUGCUUCCUGCACAUAGUAAAGCUGUCCCUUACAUCGUUCGACUACAUAGUUACAGCAUCAUCGGAGGUGUUUUUUCCAUUAUUCUUUCAAUAAUAGUAAUAAAUCUCAGCAGAACUGAGAAGGAAAAACAGUUUCCAAAUGUAUUGUCCAAAAUAUUAACAUCAACGAUUGUUAAAAUGAUAUUCUGCUUACCUGAAGUCCAGAGAGAUCGCUAUGGAAAACUAUCAACUAUGAAUAGAAUGAAAGACAAUCAGCAGUUCUAUAUACUACUUGGAAUUACGAUAGAUAGAAUAGCAUUAAUUUGUGGCAUUGCUCUGGCCACAUACUCGAUUUAUUUAUACUGAUAUAGAUGUGUGAAAUGUAAUUUUUGCAGUAAUAAAAUCUGCCUCGGUCUGGUAUAAUCGUAA